UUGCUUGGAAGUGACAUGGCUGACACUCAUUGCUGCACUAGGGUGGUGCAUGGUUCCGAUGAGCUCCCCAGAUUUCCCUCCUCACUAUGUGUUGGAUUAGGCCAGAUGCUGGCCACCGUGAUUGUGCUUUGGGUGGGAAAGGCGCUCAGGGUGGUGAAGUUUCCAGACUUCGACAGAAAUAUACCUCGAAAGACAUUUCCACUACCUCUGCUUUAUUUUGGGAACCAAAUCACAGGACUGUUCAGCACAAAGAAACUGAACUUGCCAAUGUUCACAGUUCUGAGAAGGUUCUCUAUUCUGUUUACAAUGUUUGCUGAAGGAAUUUUACUCAAGAAGAAAUUUUCGUGGGGCAUUCAAAUGACAGUGUUUGCAAUGAUAAUUGGUGCAUUUGUAGCUGCUAGUACUGAUUUGGCAUUUGAUCUAGAAGGAUAUAUUUUUAUCCUGAUUAACGAUGUCUUGACAGCUGCAAAUGGUGCAUAUGUAAAACAGAAACUGGAUUCAAAGGAGCUGGGAAGAUAUGGUCUACUUUAUUACAAUGCACUGUUUAUGAUUCUUCCCACCUUGGCCAUUGCCUAUUUCACAGGAGAUGCGCAAAAGGCGAUGGAAUACAAAGGCUGGGCAGAUACACUCUUCGUUAUACAGUUUACACUCUCGUGUAUAAUGGGGUUUAUUUUGAUGUACUCCACAGUUCUUUGCACUCAGUAUAAUUCUGCUCUUACAACUACAAUAGUUGGCUGUAUUAAGAAUAUAUUAAUAACCUAUAUUGGAAUGUUUUUUGGAGGAGACUAUAUUUUCACAUGGACAAACUUCAUUGGGUUAAAUAUUAGUAUUGCUGGAAGCCUGGUGUAUUCUUACAUCACUUUUACAGAAGAGCAAAUGAACAAGCAGUCUGAAGCGUCUAUCAAGAUGGAUAUUAAAGGAAAAAGUUCAGUAUGACCAAAGGAUUACUUAUGAGAAGUAACGCCUUGAUUUUGUUCAGUGAUCACUGGCAGUUUAGUGUAAAAAUAGUACAGUGGAGGUGUCUGUUAUGGAAUAAUGCUGGUACUCUGCAUUUGCACAAUUGAAAUAUGCUGCCUUUUUAAAAAUUUUACUAAAAAGAGAUUUAUGAUUGACUGCACACUAAAUUAAUUUAAUCUGGAUUAUGAGGAAUACCUCUUUGGUAAUUUAUUAUGAUCAAGUAUGGUGAUAGAAUCAUGCCCAGACAACGUAAAUGUUUUGAUUUCACAGGAGUGUAUCACACGCACCAUCAAUGUUUUUAAAUUCAGUUUUAUUUUCUUGCAAGAAGACUUGUCCUAACUUUCUAGAUACAUUUAACUUACAUCUAGGUUGUCUUGCACGUGAGCAGCGCAAUGGGCAAUCAUAAAUAUUUUUAAUUAGUUUUUAAAGAGAAUAAUUGACUCCCUUUCAUGCUGUCCAAAAGGCCGAGGGUGAUGUCAAAGUUCCCAAAAAGUCCUGUGUCCCUUUCAGUGCUGGCACUGUGGAGAAACAGCCUUCAGGCUACUUUCUGAGGAACCCCUCACAAACUGGCAUGAUGGCACGCCAGAGAUGGGGGGAUAGGCAGUUUGUAUGGAGGAGAGGGGAAGUGUUGCUGAGCACAGAGCAGUGUGGAGAUUCAGGCAAUGCUGCAGCCCAGAAGACACCCAUGGGAGACUAGUACAGCUUAGACAAAGUCCUCCAGGUGAUGAACAGGGAAGGACUCUCUAGUCCCUGAAGCAUCGGGGCACAAAGAUGACUUAAAGCCAGCAUGGGCUCCUCUGUGCAGGGCUGCAAGUUCUGUGCCUCAUGGAGAGGCAACAUGGAAUCUCACCCUUAUCUUAAGAAAACGCAGCUAACAGAUGAGUUUACUAUAUUUUCAUGAAGGAAGCUACUGAAGCAAGGGAGCAUUUAUAGACUUUAACUAUAAGCCCAUUGUAAGCCCAACAUAGAUCAUGAAAAGAAGAUUUGUAUUUUUUAUUUCAAUAGUAAGCUUUUAGAGGAACAAGAAAAAGGGAAAGAAAAGAGACUGUUUUCUCUCGAGCUGGAAUAUACAACAGAAAUGGAGGGAGAUGGAAAUGUAACUCCUUUAUCAUCUCCUAAGGAAAGAUACGACUCUGCAACCUUGCAUAUGCAAGUGCAGACCUUUCAGUAGAGGAACCAGUUCAACAUUACGUUAAUUUCAGUCAGACCUCAGGUUGUACAUUUUUGGCCAAAACAUGCUUGAGUAGCUGAUGGUUUUAAUAGUGUUCAGGUGUUUUUAAUGAACAUUUAAGUGUAUGUUCAUCCUGGUCAGAUUCUGUAUGCUUACAACAUCUUAGCACCUCUUGUGACUCUGAUGUAGUACAGGGAAACUCAAGAAUAGUUGGAGGGCUGAUGGCACACUGUCUUCUGAUUUUACAUAAUAUAUUAGAGAACUCAGCAGGGGAGUGCUGAAUUGAAAUGAGACUUAUCCUGCAUUCAUACAUGAGAAACUUUACUUACACAAGUAGUCCCAAUGGCUAGCUUAAUAAUUAAAGCAAUUCAUGUGCGGUUUUUGCAGGGUAAGGCCUAGCAGUCAUUCAAAAUCAAGUGAAAAUCUGUGGCUAAGAAACUUUUUGAAAUGAAUUAAUGCUUGUUUUUAAUUCCCCUCCAGGACCAAGUGUGCCCAUUAUUCUGAGACAGUACAAGACUAAACUUGAAAUGUUAUCUUUUUGGUUUAGUAAAUUAACAGUUAAUGCAUAUAUAAUAUUUCGUGCAGCUACAGGUAGUGACAGGACUACAGAUAUCACCUAGAAUGAAUAUUUAUCUCAUAGUUGAGAAUACCAUUACUCUUCUAGAUGAUAUCAAGUUAAUUCAUUAAUUGGUACCUUUAAGUUGUACCAUUACAUGAUUGAUACAGCUGUGAUGUUUUAACCCUGUCCAAAUUUUAUGCCUUUCAGUUUAUUUUUGGAUGCAGCAAAAUGUCUUUGCCUUGUGAACUGUUUUUAAUGGAGAUCAGUUUUUAAAAUGUCAAGCAGAAUUGAUUUUUUUUUCAAUUUAAAAUUGAUGCAAUAUUACUGUUUGUCUUUCUCCCUUCACAUCUUUCUUUGGUUAAAAUUGUGCACUUAUUUUUUCCCCACAACUUAUUCUUCAUUCUCCUUCAUUUACAAGAAAAGAUUUUCACGGGCAAAGAACCUAAUUGCAUUUGGAAGAAUAUUUGGUGGAAAAUUGACUGACAUAGUAUUGAAAGAAACAUUGAAUUUGUCAGAAUAUUUUUUAUGUAAUCGAGAAGAGAAUUUCUGAAACAUUUAAUUAUCAUACUGUGUGUUACAGUAUUUAGCUAUUGUUUCUCUUUGGCAGCUUGCACUUUUAGCUAGCCUGCUUAUCCAGUUCUUGAUUUAAUUAAGCUAAGUGGUAUUUGGUGAUACUGUAUACCAGAAGAAAAAGGAUGGGGGAAUACGUCAAUACAAAUACCGGUAAUUAAAAAACUUACCUGAUUUGUUGCUGCUUUUGCUAGCUUCCUACAAUCAUGCAGCCAGCUCAUGCUUUGCUGUGGUUCCUCACUGUGUACCAUGAUGUGAUGGCAGAAUUACUAGUGUCACCUUAAGAGGCUGUCCUGGUAAGUGCCAUCAAGCACAGUGCAAUUUUUGUAAAAGUAUCUUACCCUCAAGAGGCAGUAAAUUUUGUAAACACACUACUGCUGAUGCCAGUAGUUUGAAAAUAAUUCCUUACUUUUGUAGGCUAGCUCCAGGUUAGCUAUUGGCAGCACAGCAGUAAUUAGUUGAGGAAAGUAAAACUUUUGACUAUUUUUUGUGCUGAAUGUCUCUCACGGUGGCUGGCUUGUGGAAGAUUUAACUCAAAGACCUUGCAGAAAUUUUAAUACCCCCAAAGUAAAAUAGGCUAAGGAACCAGAUUUUCUUUUUAAAGUUAGCCUGUUGUGAUCCCCAUUCUUUUUCUAAGGUUUGACUCUUAAGACUAACUUCAACUGUACAUCUGAUAAAUAUGCCUGUUUUUAAAUGCCAAGGUAGGAAAAAAAGUUAUAAAAUGGUUUUCAGUUUAGCUCAUUCUGCUAUAAACUUCAAAAUAUGUUGCUCAAUUCCUUUUGUCUCCUUGUCUUCCCAUGUGCAAAUCAGGAACAGCUAGCAUCAUAGUGACACCAAUUGGAAUCAAAGACUUUCUGGAUACUGCCCUUAAGUGCAUAAACCUCAGCACUGUUCCCUUAAUUUGCCUUUUCCUCCUUUGGAAGACUGGAACCCUUGCCUUAGCUAUCCUGCCAUCUCUUUUCAUUCUUUCGUGGGCAGGGUCUUUAAAUAAAAAAUGGGAGAAAGACGUAAAAAGCCAGCAGCAGUUUCUCUGCUAGAGGAUGGAGAGUUAAAGGCAGACCAAGUUGCUGUUAAGUUAAUUACUAACAAUUCGCAGAACUGUGGGUAGGCCUAUUCUACACCAAAUCUCCUCAAACCUUGGCAGGCAUUUUUCCUUUGAAGGGCCGAGGGAGACCUCCUUCCCAAGUCUUUACAAGCCCAGAAUUAGAAGAGAGGGAGCAAGAUCUUGGCUGUGAUCUGCUCCUAGACUUACCAGGCCUCCCAGCCCCUGGGUUGAUCCUGAUUCUGAUGCAGAUUCCUGUGUCCUCCUGACUGGAAGCACUCAUUGUCUGCAUUCUUGGUGUGGAGACCCCCAAAGAUGCUGUUUUCAAGCAUAUGUGGUUCUCCACCGGCGAGGGCAGGUAUCAUUAAGAAAAAUGUCCUGCGUGUCAGGGUGGUUAAACACUGGAAUAAAUUGCCUAGGGAGGUUGUGGAAUCCCCAUCACUAGGGCUAUUUAAGAGCAGGUUAGACAGACACCUGUCAGGGAUUCUAGAUGGAGCUUGGUCCUGCUGUGAGGGCAGGGGACUGGACUUGAUGAUCUCUCGCAGUCCUUUACAGUUCUAGUAUUUUAUGAACCCCUUGCACUUGACCAUCCUGGACCUUGCCUCUGAAGACUGGAACUGCCUUGGACCAGGGCAUCAGAGACUCUUGCCCUAAGGCUAGCUGGUUUCCUGUUUCUUGUGAGGAACGAAACAAAGUAUUUGCUGUGAAUGCACAGGCCUUAUGUUGCACUUCUAAAUUGUUCUGUGGAGUAUAUGUUUACCCUGCAGUCAAGACUGGGAUGACUGUGCCCCUUCGUACGGUUUAGUGGCACAGCAGUCACUUGUCAUCUUGCAGCCCAUUUUGCAUGUGUCCCCCAAACUCUAUGGGUGGACUUCAGCAGGGUGUUUCUGCUGCUUUUCCUGUGACACAGAGCUACAGGUUGAACCUCUGUAAUCCAGCACUCUCGGGUUUGGCAUCAUGUGUGGUCCAGAAUGAGUUUGGUUAGCUGCAUGUCAACAUUGGAAAUGUGGCUAUGGUUCCUGUGGUCCCAUAAAAUUUGUUGAGAGGCACCACUCCUGGUUCUGUGCUAUUAUUUAGCUCUAAUUUAUCCCUAAAUGUCUUCUGAGUGCCUAGUAAGAGUGGAAGUGCUGAUAAUGCUGCUGGACCUUCUCUGGUUUCAUGCCACACUAGAGAGGUUCAACCCGUAGAAGGCUUUCUCCAUUGGCCCCAGUUCUACAGCAGCAGUAUCCUCUUUGUGUGAAGCUGCCUGCAUGAAAAGUUGACAGUGUGGGUCAGCGCCAUAUUUGGCUUUUGGGAGAGGACUGUGGCUGAAGGAACAAAGUCAGCUCUGCUUAAAGGGCUUAAUCUUUGAAAUUCAAGGGGCCAGUGUAGACAGCUGGCAGGUUAUUCCGGAAAAGUGGCUGAUUUUCCGGAAUAAGUGGCCAGUGUAGACACAGCCUUCUUUCCCAAAACCACACUGCUGAGUUCAGACCAGCUGGCCCCCUCUUCUCCCUGUGGCAUGUGAGCCUUGUGGUGAUAUUUGUGAAAAUGUGGGCCUCUUCCACCUGAGAUGCCUGAUGACCUUCCUCAGGUGCCUUCAGCCUCAGGACCACCUACCACAUGGCCCAGAUCUUAGGGGAUACAGGCCUGAAUUCUUCAGGCAUCAUCUUUCAUGCCCCUGGAUAAACUCCAGUCUUUUGAACAAAGUCAUUGGUCAGAUCCUCCUUCCUAGUUUUGCCCUGAUGCUUUCUUUGAUUGUUGAGCCACAGUGCAGCCUGUGUGGGUCUCCUGUCUAGAGGGCAUUCACUGUCCUCCCUUGGAGGCUAGCGCUCCCAAUUCAUCCCUGGAAUCCUAUGCAAUACCUGCUGUUUGUGUGGCCCUUGUUUCUAUUCACCCUGGCCUCAGUUGCAUUACCAGUGAUGCAAAUCACUUGUGUGGAGUGUUCACACCUGGGGAUUUUGUUAACCUAGCAUGUCUGUUGCACGAAGGAACACAUUGUCAGAGUCUCUUCAACGUGCAGGGCUGGAGCUCAUAGCUUUGGAAACCUUACUUCUCAAUUCUUAGUUCAUUGCAAUAAUUGCAUGGCCAUGGUAUAUGUGAGCAGCUUGGGGCUAACCCGCAAGUCCGACAGGUCUGCUCUCUUGGAGGGCCCAUUAUCUUGCUCAGUCAGCCAUUUGUCUACAGGAGAAUGAUGCUUCACUCCCUGUUUCCUGACACCCAGACUCUAGGCUCUCCUGUAGGAGGCAUUUAUAUGGAGCUAGAAUUUGGGUUACUGCAGCUGCUUGAAAUGCUGCUGAAAACCACCAGGCACGUCAAGUCAGCUAUGGUUUUGUUAGCUCUGUGGCAUCAAGAGUUCUGAUGAGUCUUGAAUAAUCUUUUCAGCCUGGUGCAAGUUCAGGAACAUCAGUGCCCUAUUUAGGUUGCUUAAAAGUAGGUUUUGAAUUUUCUCUAGAAAAGUCUUGGCCUCUGUGUUGUGUGUGUGUGUGUGUGUGUGUGUGUGUGUGUAUACAUCCGCCAUCCACUCUGAUUCCGGUGUCCUGUGGGGUGGGGUGGGGGAGGGGAAGAAGAGUAAGACAUACCAUGAGGGAGAACUACUGAUGAUUAGAAUAGAGGAUGACCAUGACCACACAGGGCCCUUCUUCCCUUUUGAGGGAGGUGUUGCUGCUGUCUGUAUGUUGUCCUCUUCUUCUCUUAUAUAAAUCUUUUAUUUCCAUCCUCAUGUACUUGUGCCUGAGAGUAUAUCUCUAACUGAAGGGAUUGGCUACCACUGAGGUUUAUAUGCCCAGGGACAAUGGGGCUUUGUUUUUUCUUCAAGUAGGCAACCCUAUAAUGCUAUUUGUUCAUAAUUCCUGUAUCAUGGGCUAGAGGAAGAGACCAUUGUAAACAAUUCUGAUGUGCAUUAAGAAAAAUUGUCAGUAUAGAAACUGGGAAUUCUGCUAUUAGACAUUUUGGGCAUACCAUGCAAAAUACCUUGGAUAUGAGGCUGAGUGGAUAAAUUGUUUUCUACUUGCACCUUUUCACCUAAAUAUGCAAAGUCCCCAUUUUUAAUUGGUGGGAUCUGGGGUUAUGAGUGGAUCAUCACUUCCUUAAUCUAGUUACAAUAUUGAAAUUUGUUUUCAUACUAUCCUCAUUCAUUUGGUGGAUCAGCUCAGAACUUACUUGUUCUAAAAGCCUUUAUAUCCAAGACCACCCUGGGAGAGAUCCAAAUACCUACUGUGGCCAUUUUAGGUCCAUAGCAGUGCUACUGCUUUUUUUAGAGUAGCAUAGAAUCCAUCCCCUGUGGUUCUAUUUUUAUUUGUUUGACCAAAUCACUCAAGUUGGUUUAAGCUAUGGCAAGAAGUAAUGGUCUUUGCUAAAACUGGAAUCUUUUCAAGUCACUUGUUUGUCUGUCAUCUUGCUGUAACAUGUUUGUUACCGAGAACUUUUACAAUUUUAAAGAAAAUCUGCUGGCUAGAUUUGAUGUCCUGUAAAAUAUUUUUAAAGCUUAUUUUGUUUGUAAACGUGCACCUUUUAGUGCCAAUGUCCAGAUGUUAUUGUAUACACUGGGAAGAUGAACAAAAUAAAUACAAUAGUAUAUUUUCUAUGUUGUUAAUCUUACUAUAUGUAUUUUUUCUAUAUAGAUUCUAUUUACAAAGUGACCAUUUUGAUUUGAAUGUACUGCAGGCUUUAUAUCUGUAAGUCAGGUGACAGCAAAACAAAUUUUGUGCCUAUGAGCAUUUUGUACUGGCUUUAAAUAAAUACUUUUUUUCCUCA